AAACAAUAUUGAUUAUCUGUGGAAUCGAAAUUCUGAGUUCUGGUAACAUUUAAUGACUGUCUGACAAAUUUGUUUUCUCUUGGCUUGUCAAAUUCUGACAAGAUGACGAAGGGUACUUCGAGCUUUGGUAAGCGUCGUAACAAGACACACACCUUGUGCAGAAGGUGUGGCAGAUCCUCGUAUCACAUCCAAAAAUCAAAAUGUGCACAGUGUGGAUACCCUGCAGCUAAGCUGCGUUCCUACCACUGGUCAGUGAAGGCCAAGCGCAGGAAGACCACUGGAACUGGCCGCAUGCGUCACCUGAAAAUCGUGAGGAGGCGUUUCCGUAAUGGCUUCAAGGAAGGCAAACCUACACCCAAGAAAGCUGUAGCUUCGUCGUAAACCUAACAUAAUAAAAAAUACAAAUCCA